AUGGCGGCGGCCAUAGCCUUAGCGGGGCUGAGGAGGCGGCCGGGUAGCGUGUGGGGCGCGGGGGCCCGGCGGCUGCUGCAGGCGACUGCCCGGCAGAGCCAGUCCCGGGACAAACCUGAGACCCACCACCCCCAUUAUCCCGGGAUUGUGGAAUCCACUGAAGAAUAUAAAUUUGUGGAGAGACUCAUUCCACCCACCAGAAUUCCUGCUCCCCCCAAACACGCCGAGUACCCCACCCCGUCGGGCUGGAGAGCCCCAUCAGAUACUCCACCUGCCCUUCCGUACUUUGUGAGACGGUCCCGCAUGCACAACGUUCCAGUCUAUAAGGACAUCACCAGUGGCAAUAGGAGGAUGACUGUUAUCAGGAAAAUCGAAGGAGAUAUCUGGGCCCUGGAAGAGGAAGUUAAGGAGUUCCUCACUCAGCUCGCUGGAAAACCACCACCUAUUCAAGUCAACGAAAUCACCAGCAGCAUCCGUAUCAAGGGCUAUUUUGACAAUGAACUGAAAGAGUGGUUGUUGAACAAGGGCUUUUAAAUAAACUAACUAUCCUGUUUUCUUUGUGCUGAUGGAUGCUAUCUGUCCCCUUCUGAGGAAGAUGUUUUCUUGCUCAGAGCUAUCCUAGAACCAGAUGAACCAGUCUUAUUUUUUAUGCAACAGCAGCAAGUGUCCACGUAAUGUCCUAUUAGCACAAUGCUU